GUGGUGGUCGUGUGUUGUUUUUAACUGAGGGGGAGGAGACAGAGACACAUCAGCAUCUGAAUGAAGCGUGCAAGCCGUCUGAAAGCACUGCGAGUCUGGGCACACAGGGUAAACAGCACCGCCACCAUCUUACUACUGUUUAUAUGCUUUUCUCUUCAAUGGACGGACUAUUGUUCAACCCGCAGACGAUGGCGGACGUCAAUGGCAACAGUAAGAUAAUGAACGCAGAGCUGGAGGUGAAAAAGCUUCAGGAGCUCGUGAGAAAACUGGAAAGGCAGAACGAGCAGCUCAGGACCAGAGCAAACGCCGUAAACAACUGCACCUCCGGCGGCCGUCUCGGCCCAGACACCGGGAGCUACUGCCUUUCAUCCUCAUAUUCUCCAUCUUUUGGACCCUCGGAGGAGCACUAUCCGUAUUUUCAUCCGCAGUCAGUGACUGGUGCUGAUGAGGAAGAUGCCACUGUACUGGAUGAGGUGGAAAUACUAGACCUUCGUGUUGUUCUUCCCAUCGAUGGAGAGUCUGAUUACAUCUGGUUGUACGUGUCUCCAAAAGCCAAGCUGUUUCCUCAUCUUCUUCUCAGUCCUCUUCAGUGGUGCAGACAUGUGCUGGACAACCCCAGACCAGAAGUGGAGUUAGCCAAACGCUCAUUGUGCUACAAACUGGACCAAGCCAAAAGAUGGAGAGGUGUCCUCUCUUCAAGCGCUCUGUACAGUCCUGUAGAUGAACUCUCUGCUUUAAGCAGCUGUUCUAAACCCUAUACUAAACCUGCACUAACUGAGCAAACAGCAGAUCUACCUUCACCAAACCAUCAGAAGACUCUCACAGGGAGAAACUGCUCCAGCCUAAACGAAAGAUCUCCCACAUUCCUCUAUCACACGGCUACACAAGGGAAUAGUCAUCAUCAAAGGCCCCUCAGUCCUCAGUCGUCAAUAGACAGUGACCUAAGUGUCUCUGAACUGGAGGACGACUCCAUCUCUAUGAGCUAUAAGCUUCAGGACAUGACUGAUGUGGAGGUCAUGGCCCGACUGCAGGAGGAGAGUCUACGACAGGAGUACGCGAGCACCACUGCCACAGCUACGCGCCGUAGUGCCAGUUUUUCGGUGCACACAGGCGCGCGCAGGAGCAUGAGGAGUGAGGCCGAGCUAGAGGAAGAGGAGGAGUACGAUCAGCUGUCCGCUCCGCAGCCACGGCUCUUCCGGACGUCCUCCAUGCAGCGCAGCACGUCCCACUCACAGAGCCUCUCCAGCAUGAGAGAGUGCCGGCGCAGCCCCUCCACGCCUCAGUACCUCAGCAGCCUGUCCUACCAGCAGCUGCACAUGCCCAACCUCAGCUCCAGCACAGCCACAGAGACCCAGAGCUACAGAGCCCACACAGACAAGCUACGGAGGAGCAUGCCAAACCUCCUUCGAGCUCCCAGCAUCCCCAGUGUCAUCAGUGUGCCCAGUGUUCCUGCUCCGGCCGCUCACGUUGCCACAUCGUCCUCAUCUUUGUCAUUACUCCGAAACAGUCAGAGUUUUGAUUCCCACAGUGGUCUGACCAAGAUACAGUCUGCAAUUCCCUGUCCGGGCCAGUUACAGCAGCGGGUUCAGAGCGUGGGCAACUUCUCAACACGGCCCCCUCUGAAAGCCACGGCGUAUGUGAGCCCUACCAUCCAGAGUGCCACCACAAUGCCUUCCUCUGUUAGUCUCAGCUCUAUCCCCAGCAGCAGCAGCAGCAGCAGCAGCAUCCCUCUCCCCAGCAAACCCAGCGCCCCCUCCUCCACUCGCAGCGCUCUACCUCGGCCUGCUUCCUUUGUUGGGACAAGUGGGGUCUCGCGCAGUAAAAUUGGCCAGCCCAUGCGCAGUUUACUGACCCCACCGAAGAGUGUCUCUGCUCUGAGCGCCCUGCGUGACGGCAGCUGGAGGGACGGCUGCUAUUAAACUGCUCUGACCUUAAAUGUCUCAGGCCCAGCUGGCUGGGCUCAACUGGGCACAACUAGACCUUACGUGGAAAUAAGAUAACAUCAAGUGAUUCGAAGUUGAAAAGCCCUGUUAACAAAUGCAAUACAGCACCACUGCAAUAUGCCUGAUGGCUGAAACCCAGAGCAUUAUGCAUACAAGUGUUUACGUGCAAAUAAUUUGCCUAAUUGCAGCACAAUUUUUUAACCAUUGAAACCAAUUGUCAAAUGAUAUUAAUAAUUAGAUAAGAACAUAAGGACUGUAUUGGGUUUUGUAGAUGUUAUAAUUUAAUAAGCAUAAGUCAAAUAGCACUUUUACUGUUAACUUGCAUUGUUACAUUAGAUAACCAGUAUUGCCAGAGUAGUACCCAAUUGGUUUCUUUUGCACAUGUUGCAUUCCUUUUUUAAUAAUGUUGUCAAUUAUGAUGCAACAUAUGGCAAGUGAAUUAUGAGGGUGAUCUGGUGCAUUUGUAAAAGCAGAUGAAAUGGACUGUAAAACACUAAAUGCAGCCUAGAGUGAAAGGCAUGCAUUGAAGAUUGUAUGUUUACAUGAUGCUCGUGAAACAGAGCACCGUGGACAAGACAUUUGCACAUCAAAUGGUGACAUUUGUUUUUCUUUUUUUUUUAAACAGGUUGGAUGGAAGGGAAUGGAUGGUAUGUUUUUCCAGUGUUGAAUAAAAA